GUUCUUGAGCAGCUGACAGCAACAUGGCGGCGGCGGCGGCGGCUGGGCGGCGUGGCGGGGGCUUGGGGCGGCCCCCGGCGCCGGCGGCCGUCCCCGUGGGGGACCUGCCGCCCGCCGGCGAGCUGGUGCGUCCCUCGGUGACAGAGCUGUCCCAAGUGAGGACCAACAUCCUCUGCACCGUGCCCGGCUGCGGCAAGGUCCUGCCCAACAGCCCGGCCCUCAACAUGCACCUCAGCAAGGCCCACCCGCUCCAGGGUGGAAAACUUAAUGCUCCAAUAAGGAAGGGUUUGAAAACCUCACAGAAAUUCUACUGCUGUCCUAUUGAAGGCUGCCCUAGAGGACCAAACAGACCAUUUUCCCAAUUUUCUCUUGUAAAACAGCACUUUAUGAAAAUGCAUGCUGAAAAGAAGCACAAAUGUGAUAAAUGUAGUAACUCCUAUGGUACAGAAUGGUAUUUGAAACGGCAUGUAGAGGUCUGUGGCAAGACGUUCCAGUGUACUUGUGGGUGCCCUUAUGCCAGCAGAACAGCAUUACUGUCUCAUAUUUACAGAACUGGCCAUGAAAUUCCUGCAGAACACAGGGAUCCUCCUAGUAAGAAAAGGAAAAUGGAAACCUCUGUGCAUAAUCAGCAGUUGGCAGAGAAGGCAAAUGAAGCAUUCAUCAAUACACACAAUAAUAAUCCUGGCACUCAGGAAUUGGAGUCCUCUGAAGUGAAACUAGUGGCCUCUCUUGAAGGUUCCUGCAGUUCUAACUUCACAAACCAAAUGCAGCCAAAAUGUACACCGAAGAUGCUUUUACCAAAGCCUAAGGUGGCUUUGGUUAAACUUCCAGUGAUGCAGCUUGCUCACUUGCCUAUAUAUGUAUCUGCAACAGACUCUUCUGUCAAACCUGCUGUAGUGGCUGUUGAUAAUCAAGGUUCAGUUGUAAGUACCGUUCAUUUAUUGCCUCAGUCUAUAGGAAUUCUGAUUCCAGCACUGGAGGCAGAAACACUUGUAUUUAAAGAUAGUAUGCCUGUUUCAAAAGUGAUGAAUUCUGGUGAUCGUGAGCCAGUAAGUACUGGUGUACAAGUUGACUUGGAUAAGGUUACGUCAAAUAACACCGGGCAAGAGCUGGGGAAUGUUUGUCACAAGAAUAAAAUUUCUUCAAUAAAUAUACAGACUGACUUAUCUUAUAUUUCACAGAACUUUGUACCAGCUGCAGCCUGGACUCCCAGUUCUUCUGUAUCCUCUUGCUCUCAGACAGAUCUGUCAUUCAGUUCACAGGUUUCGUUACCCAUCAGUGUACAGACACAGACGCUGCUGCCUACUUCCAAACUGACUUCAUCCAUAGCUGCUCAGACUGAUGCUUUUAGUCAGGUUUGUUUUCCAACGUGUGGUGUUUCUAGAGAGACUCAAACCAGUAGGGCACAGGACUCUAUUGAUGGAAGAGCGCAAAUGGACCAGGCUGUAAUGUGCAGUGACAUCUUUGACAACGUUCAUUCAUCAUAUACUGUUUCUACUCACAUUGAACUUCCAGAAAACAACUUACUGCCUGCAAAUAUAGAUCAAACCUUGCUGCAAAGGAGUAAUAGCAAGAGCCCGAAUCAAGAUACGGUGAAGUCUGAAUCCCUUAUCAGCUUCAAUUCACAGACUAAUAUACUUCCACCUCAGAACACGAUGGAUAAUCAAACCCAGACAAUGGACCUACUGAGUGAUCUGGAGAACAUCUUUUCAGGAAACAUGUCUGGCCAGACGCUGGAUAAUCGGGGCCUUUUGUCUGAGACAAGUUCUAAUGCUGACACGCAUCUGCCAUCUGGUCCAUCACAGAGCACAGGAAUAGACUUUGACAUUGAAGAGUUCUUCUCAGCAUCCAAUAUCCAAACUCAGACUGAAGAGAGUGAGCUUGGUACCCUAAACUCUGAGCCAGUUCUGGAGUCACUGGACAUUGAAACUCAGACUGAUUUCUUAUUUUCAGAUAGUGCCACUCAAUCAUACAGCUGCCGAGGAAAUUCUAACUUCUUAGGUUUGGAGAUGUUUGAUACACAGACGCAGACAGACUUGAAUUUCUUUUUGGACAGUAAUACCCAUCUGCCUUUAGGAAGUAUUCUGAAGCAGUCUAGUUUCUCCAUGAGUACUGACUCGUCUGAUACAGAAACCCAGACAGAAGUAUAUCCGGCUACUAAAAAUGUACCUACUCAGAAUAUUGAAAGCAAAGUCCAGCUGAGUAGCGCUGAAACACAGACUAUGGAUAGCUGCUUUGAGAAUCUGGGGAGUUUAUUCCUUACCAGCAAUGAGACACAGACAGCGAUGGAUGACUUUCUUCUGGCUGACUUAGCCUGGAAUACAAUGGAGUCCCAGUUCAGUUCGGUAGAAACACAGACCUGUGAAGAGCUGUGCUCCUUAUUCCAGAGCUCUGACAAGCCCAGCCAUUGAGUACUACAUAAUAUAACCGUUUCCUGUGAUUUGAAAUUAAGUUAUUGGGGUGGGAGAGAUGGUUUGACCAAGUUAUCCACUUUGCAUUAUUGAAUGUAGCUAUCGUGAGCAGUUGGCCUAAGAGACUUUUCAUGCUGAAGGUACUUUAUGGAAUAUGUAACUUUACAUAAGCUAUGUAUGUAUAAAUGGAGGGGCAGAGGGGGGGCUGUAACAUGUUAAUGUACAUUUGAACCUUAAAAAAAAAUAUGCGGUGCCUAUGUUUUUUCCUCAGACUUCUUUACAAAGCUGAUACUGCUUUCAUUUAAACAGAAGGACUUUUAAAGUUGUUCUACAUAGAUAUAUCUCUAUCUAUUCCUGACUUACAUAUAGAGUUCCAGUGUGCUGGACCAAAACUCUGACCUGUCCAAUUCAGAUGCUUCCCUGAACUUAUGGGGAAGGAUUCUAUUAGUGGAAGCUACUUCUGUUUACUUUUUUAGUAGCUUGUAUUUUAAAUCCGGCAUGAACAUAAUAAGCCGUAUUUUCUUUUACUUUAUGCCUUCACAGCUCUUUCUCCUGCAUAAGUUGGUAUUUUUCAAAUACCUGUCCGACACACUAGACCCACAUAGGCUCCUGAAUUGUUGAAUAUAUUUAUUAUUAAAAAUAUGUAGGUUUGUUGUUUUUUUUUUCCCUGAGUGGCACUGAUGCCCUUUGAAGGGUAGGAAAAGAACUUGGAAUACAUAAUUAUAGGAAAAAAUUAGUAUGUCGUCCUUUUAGCUAGUGAAAUAAGUGGGACUAACGUUUUUAGAGUCUUCAGGAGGGGUUUGCUUAAAUUAUUUCUGUCUGUAAGAUGCAAAUGUUACAAUGUGUGUGCCUCGAAGACUGGAAUAAUCUGUUUUCGCUGAAAUUCUCCUAGCUUUAUUGAGGUAUAAGUUGAGAAAUGUUACAGUGGUUUAUACCUCUGUUACCUUAACAGAAAUCUUUGGAAGUGGGGAAUUAAAUUCCCUAAAAUACUUGCUCACUUAGACUUCUGUUUGUGGACUUCCUGCUUCCAAAAACAACUGGAACACAGAGCGACAACAGAGUCGGGAGAUCAGCUCACGGAAGCCCUUUCAGAACAGCUGUAUCUUUCUUUUGCACAUUGAUCUGCAGCCCUCAGUUCCUGCAGCUUUUAGAGAGUUUUUCUGGGUAUAGUCAAAUUCAAACAAACUGAUUUUUCAGAGAAGAAACGUAUGACCUCUUGGAAUUUUUUUUCCUGUUCAUCUUGCACCUCAUACCAUUGUUUGCAGUAUUUUUCAUUUGCAUGAAAAAAAAAAUUAAGCCAGUUGUGAAUGUAUGUUGGAAUUUGGCCUUAACUAAUUUUUAUCUCUUACUAUACCUGCGAAAUGUAGGCCUCUGGUUUUCUCCUGGCCAGGUUUUAGUUUCUGUUACCUUAAAUGAAAAGAGAAACCUCUUUGUGUCAAGUUCCUGGGCCUGUAACAGACUUUACUCCUCCAUCGUGAGAGGAGAGGUAUUGGCUGCGUAUUUACUAGGCAGCCCAACAGUAAAUGUAUGUCCAAGCCUUAGUUUUUGAAUACUCACUUUGUGCUUCCUAUUCUUAACUCAAAGAUGUGGGAGUUAAGUUACUCAUCCACUGCAGCUAGCUUGUGUUGUUGAAAAUGAGCAAAACCUUUCAUUUUUUUUGUCUUUUCCUACCACUCUUUAAAUUGCCGUAGUCAACACGCUAAUAUGGUAAGCGUCUCUACUUUUACUGGAAAUAAUCUCUUUAGAUUUACCCUGCGAUUCGUAUUUUCCUCCUGAAAAACUCCUGAAGCCACAGUUAUGUUGCCGGUUUAAUUUUUCAGCAUUUCUAGGUGCAAGUUCAGACCGUUCCAGUCUUUGGCUGAAGAAACUGCAGAAAGGAAUCUUGCAGAUUCCCCCAGGAGUACAGUAAUUUUGCUCUGGGGAAAGUCCCCCCACGUUUUCACAGUGUCGUGAGUUCUGAUCUUGAAGGUGGGAUAUAUUGAAAAAAGGAAGCCAUUACUUGUAAUUAAAUUUUUUUCUGAAGAUAUGACUGAAUCGUAUUUACCUACCUACUUUGUAAUUGAGAAAUAAGAUAAAUUACAAAAUUGGGUUAAUUUAUUUUACUGUAGUAUUUUUCUGGUAGUGUUGCAUCUUCAGGUUUUAAAGUGGUUUUCCUUCUCCUUUCUUCCCCCUGGCUGGAAUACCAGAGAACGUUUCUUCAUACAUAGGCUUCUGUGUUUUCCAUGUGCGAGUUGUCGGUACUGACACAUGAAAGAGAAGCAGUCACUACAAAUCUGGUCACUGGACUACUACUUUAAAGGACUCUGUUUGGGAAAACUGCAUUUUUCACAGCUGUAGAAAGCAGAAGUGAGAAACUGUUCAUUACCUCUGAAUUUAGAAAGCCGGUCUUUUUUCUGCAAGAGAAGGAAUCUUAGGUGAUGAGUGGAAUUACAGAAGGCUUUGAAUUGUAGCCAUCUGAGAAACCAGCUAGCAAUUCAAGAACUUGGAAACUAAUUUACAAAUCAGAAUGAGAAUUGCCAUGUUCUUACGGUGUAAGCCAAAGCUCUUAACAUCCGUGACUAUCAGAAAAACACUAAGGUUUGUGUGGAUGCAAUGUUACACUGUAAUCGUUACUCGUUCCUUGUACUUUGUAAUUAAAAGUAUUUAUGAGGUUUGUGUGUUUUAUCAGAACAUGCAAAUACCAUUCCCUUCCCUCAUUCUAUGGAUUUAAAAUAGUUUGAACUUUAAUUAGGUGCACACAGUACUACAACAUGAAAUUUUUUAUUGAAAGUGCAGUAUUAAGAAAUCAUUAAAUGCAUCUGCACUGUCUUAGGGAAGUGGCUCAUUCUGACCAAAAUUAACUCCUUUCUUCACAAAUUUGGUUCUCCAUAAAUUAUUCAUAGAAGUCAGAAACCAGUUUGGAUCCUGUGUUGCUGGCGUAUGUCACUCACUUUGGAUUUAUUAAGUAUUUUUAUGAAAAUGUGAAGACUGCAACUAGUCUUCAUAGUUUGCCGAAUCCAACAGUAAAUGUAAUGAAACCUGAUCUGAAGUACUGUUGCUGAACACUACUAAUUUUUCAAAUUGAACGAGUUCUUUAAAAUGGCUAGUAUUCUAUUUUGGCCAUUGUGUUAAAAAUAAACUUGAAUCAGAACUAUUUCUUGGUAGUACUGAAAUGAUACUUAUCUCCCUUUUUCUGCAGUUUGUCUCUGAUUUUUAAGGCAGUGUCUAUUAUAAGUAUUGGUCAGGGGUGACUUACUGCUUUGCUUGUUCUCUUUUGUAUCCUUUACUGCCCUUUGAACUGCUCUACAAAAAGUAACAUCAGAUUCCCCAUAGCCUUUUAGUACAAAUUUUUAUCUGGAAGUGAUAAUAAUGUUACUUGUACUUAACUCUUUGCGUUUCCUGCCUAAUUCUGUUACACCGCGAUUGCUUGAUCUGGGUGCCUGUGUGAUGCUACUCUAAAAUUGAAUUAGUAGUUUUGUAGUUUUCCUGGAGCUUUUUUUUCUGGUAUAUAAAAAACCAAACAAAUGAAACAGCGAAUUUGAGACACGCGUUCCAUGGGAACAUAAGCACAAAACAGCUGAAAAAUGAGAGGUCUGUCUUGUUGCCCUCCAUGUUUGUUUGUCACAGUGUUAACAGUUUGUAUGACAGUAGAUGUAGGUUUCUUCUGCUUUUGGCUUCAUUUGCAUCUGUUUCCACUAAUACGCUUGUAAAUGCUUCUUCCUGCUUUGGGUAGGGAGGGAAUCCUCCCCCAACUCUUCAUGUCAGCCUAGAGAAAUUGGUAGUUUAAAGUCAGAGUUCACUCAUGCCGCAUACUGUUAGCUAUGCAAAGCUGCUUGUGUCCAAAAAAAUUUCACUUCCCAAAGGAUAUGAAAUCUUAAAGAAAAAAAAUACUCGCAGCUGUAAAUGAAACAGCUGUAAAACAAGCCUUGUGAGAGCUCCUCUAGUUUUGAACCAUUCAGUCACUGUAACUCAAUGUAUGUAACCAAUACUUGUUACAAAUUUUCAUUCUAAGGCACACACAGAGUCAUUUUUUUCGGUGGAAAACAAAAGGCUGAAUUUCCCUGUUAGUCAUACGUACCUCGAUUGUGUAGAGGCAACAGAACAAAGAGAGAUGACUGGUUUAAGUCCUUGCCCUGCCAGCACAUGCUCACGUGCUUAGUCAGACGUGAAUAGGUUUUCCUGCGAGGCUGGGUACAGAUGGAAGUGGUGGCAGGAUUGAGAUCGUAGGCUGGUAGGGUCUUGUAGUAGUCCUUCAAAUAUAAGUCGACAGGGCUAACACAGUACUGAAUCAACAGAGGGUGCUCAGCUUGCAAAAGAAUGUGUUACUGAAGUGACAGCCCAGAGGUGAACCAAAUGUACUUGCCUUCAUCGUUAAGGUGGUACAGCUUCCUUUGCUUUAAUCUAUUUUUGAUGUAUUGUUUUUUUAAACAUGACUUUAAUGUACAAUUUACUGUUCCAAAUCCAUUCACACCAAAACGUUCUGGGUCUUGCGAGCUUUUUCAUUCACGUUUGGUUUAAGGUGCUGCUGUGCUUGUGUUCCUAAUGGCACGGGCCUAUUGCAGACAGACUUCCAUUAAUAACUGUGUAUGAACACUAGGAGGAUAGGGUUGGUCAGUGGUAGCCAGCUUCCACGCGUGAUGCAACCGUGCAUCUUCUCUUUCUUUGGGUUUUUUUUUUUGUGUCAGUUGAUGUGAAUUUAAAUGUGUGCUGGAAGGAUUUGCUGCUUGGAGCAUGAGUGAGUUUUGUUGUUUAAAACGCCAUUGCUGUGCAAUGAACAGAAUCAAGGAACUACGUCGUUCCACUCUGCGCUGCCUUGCAGUCAGGUUGAGGGUGUCUUUGUACUCGUGCACAUGACUCUUCCACUUCACUGAAAACGCAACUGGACAGCCUGAAACAGUGAAAACUCCGGAAGGAACUGCUGAGUUGAGUAACAGAAGUCCUUUACUUCUGAUUCUUUUUCAUAUACUGGAUUUACAGCAGUAUCUUCAAGGAAACUAGCAAUGGAAUAUAAUAGAUGACUUGUGAUGAUGUAAACUCUACAACCUCCAUUCACAACAAUAAUGCUUUCCGUGCACGCUUCAGGCACCCGCAUUGCAGAGCUGGAUUGACAGUACUUCUGUCUACAGAUAUUGCAAGUGCAUCUAUGAUAAAGCUAGCUAUGAAAAUAGCCAUAUUUUUUUCGGCUUACAGAAUUCAACACCUGAUUGUGAUCUAAUUUGAACUUGUAAUUAUUUGGAAUGUAUGAGUAAUAAAUCUCAUGGGCGAGUCUUUCCCAAAGAAUGUGUGAGUUAAUCUCAAUAAGGCUGAGAAUUGUCCUUAAAAUACUUUUUCGUCUCCUCACUGGUGGGAUUUUGAUUUAGUGGACAAACUCGGUUUUCAAAGGAUGUCCGUGUUUAAUUCUUGCUGUUUAAGCCAGUAAGCUUGCAAUGAGCAGACAAAAGCAAGCGUUCAUUUCUUAGACCUGUUUUACAAGUGACAAUCCCAAAGAAGGAAUGUUGUCCUAGUAAUUGUGAAACUUUUAAGUAUAUUAAUGCAUGCAGAGAAAACCUUGUGCCAAAAUACUGUUUCAUAUUUCCCUCUGUUGGAAACUGGUGUGUUACACAAAGCUACUAGUAAGUUAUUCUCAAGUAUUGAAACGUUUUGUUCACAAAUGAAGCACUUCGUCCUGUAAAUUGUACAUAUUUUGGAAUAAAGUUAACUUCAAUCAA